AUACCAACCGGGCUUCUGUAAACAGUUUGCUUGUGUGUGCGGCUUGAAAAAUUGUCUCGUCCGUAAAGACGGUCAUAUAAAUGUGAGAUGGAACAAAAUCAGAGGAGAGCAUAUCGCGAUCAAGAUCCUGCGCGAAUCCGCAAUAAAAGCACGGAGAAUUUGCUGAAGGAUGAGUUGAAAAUGUCGAGAUCAACUCCGAGCUCACCAAUCGCUCUUCAGCGGGCAGCCAGUUUAGAGAAAUGCUACAGUGACCCUGAUUUCCACAAAAUACAAAAUCUGAUCACCACAACGAGGAACGGAGCAAAUAUCCCACGAGACGCUAAACAGGGCUCCGAUGCUGGCUCAUCUCGUUCAAACCAUCAGGACAACGUUAACGGUCAUCAAAUGAGCUUUCGAAACCCACAAAGCAAUGAAAAUUUCAUUAAAGAACUUGCCGCCAAAGUGCCUUCUUCAAAAACACCUAAAGAGGUGGUUUUUAACGGUAGCUGCAGCAAUACGGCGACAAACGAGUCCGACAGCUGCACCACAAGCGGAGUGACAAACGGCAAGGACAUGGCCCCGGUUCUGGGCGUUCCACCUCCGCCACCCGCCCCUCACAUGGGGCCGGAUGGUUUAAUUUUACCCCGUAAGCCAAACAACCCUUGCAUCGGCUCGACGAACCACAAGGCCCUGCACAGGGAAUUAUUGUUCAACCAGAGGGUGGGGAAGAACGUUCUGAAUCAGAAAAGCGAACUCCAGAGAGCACUCGAAAGACAACGGGAGGCAGCGUCCAGAAAAGAGGCUGAGAGAAUACGGGAGGAAUCCUUUAAGGACGACCCAAGGACCGCACUGCAACGUGCCAUCGAGCAGAGAGCUAAACACAUUCAACGAGCGGAACAACCCCAGAUUACGGAACCGCCGAAUCCCCUGAUAGUGGCUAGGGCCAAAUUAAGAACGCGAAACGAUUCUCAGUGAAGCGGAGAACAAGAAAAGAAAAAUUAAAAAGAAAAAAAAACAAGUAGGAAGUAAGAGGUAAGAAGUGAAAGAAAAAAAAAUGAAGUAUUAGAGCGAAUACAGCGAGAGCCUCGAUGCAUCCCUACAACUAGCGCAAAAAGAAGGCAGGCAGCUCAACGUUUCACGACGAAAACAGUACAAAGAAUAUUAUCUCGAAUCAUAGAUAUAUUGAGUUGCAUACUUAUACUAGGAAUACAAAAUAUCUACAUUCAGAAACAGAUAAAAUGCAUCCGAUACUAGUUACGUAAUACCAUACUGGAUAGAUUUGUAACCUUGGAAGUUGGAAGACGAAUGUAAAGUAGUAUGGGGAACAGCGAGCGAUGAUGCUGACGAUGAUUACAAUGAUGACGAAUGCUUCGACAAUGCGCGAAAUGCAAAAGCGGAACGUUGAUUAUGCUCGUGAAUAUAGCAUUGACAUUCCUAUUUCCAGAUACCUACGUACGUACGUACCAAGUCGUCUGACGAUUUUUAACAUUGGGAACUCGCCUCGUCACCUGACUAUUGCGAGGAAAUUUUUUCGGAAUGAUCUCCCGUUAUUAUUGUUAUGCAUUGUAAAUUUCAACACAGAGUUGGCGGAGCAGAAAUGUGUUUCGCGUCUAGUGAUAUUACAUAGGUAUAGCAGAAACGAAAAAUGAACAAAAGAAAGUGAUUAAAGUGUACGCAGGUAUGUCGACAAGUUGCGUCGCGCACGUACGAUAAGAUACGCCAUGACGAAGAAAAAUCCCCAGUUGGUACUCUGGGUGAGGCUUCAGUUUCUACGUACGUACUUCGCACUUGGAGAAUAAAGAAAACAAUACUUGGUGGCUUUAGGUGCGAUAAUUUUUUCACUGCGUGCACGAGGCAUGUCGAUAUCGUUGUAAUAUCGCGGUUUCUGACCUCGGAAUGAAAAAGAUCACGAAAAUGAAUGACCGAAUCUGAGUUUCCAAGUACGAGAUUGAGGAUAAUUUACUUUUUGUUGUUGUUUUUCGUAAAAUUUCUAUAUGUAUCAAAUGAACGGAGCUACCUACUUUUUAAUGCAUAAUACUUGGAAUCCUCAUCAAUCAAGACCAUAUAUUUGUACCAUAUUAUUCUAUGUUAUUCUAGUUGCAAUGUUUAAUUCUUAAAUGAUGAUGAUGAUGUAGUUAUUGUUAGUAGUUGGUAAAGUAUGCAGUAGGAUCUAUUUACACAUAAAUUGAAAAAUGCCUUAAAGAAAUCCUCGUUCAAAUUAGCCGGAAUCGGGGUUUCUGAUCCUUCAGAUAAACGUUUUCUAUGAUGUGAAAGAAUUUUAAACAGGAGUAUUAUAUUGUGUACCGAUCGUGUAAUUCACCGGGAUAAAAAAAAAUCGUGAUAUUUUUUACCCCGUGAUAAUUAACCGUUAUUAUGAUUGUAAAGGAUAAUAAAUAAACGCAGCAUUGUAAAGUUAA